GUCCCAGACAAGGCUUAAACACUUGUCCGCUCCGCCAAGCCUCAGCCGGCGAAGAAGAAGAAGAAGCAACCGUCACGAUUGCUCCGCCCAUCCUCUCUCUUUCUAAAAGGCUGUGUGAUCUGUUUCUUGUUGUUCAAUGAUGGGGUCAUACUUGGACUUCAAGAACUUUGUGGAGAUACCACAGCCAGAAGGUAAUGGAGGGAAGCCAGCCAGUCUUUUCCCUUUGGCUCGACAAUCUUCGAUAUACUCCUUGACAUUUGAUGAGCUCCAGACUACAUUUAGCGGACUUGGGAAGGAUUUCGGGUCUAUGAAUAUGGAGGAUCUGUUGAAGAGCAUUUGGACUGCCGAGGAAUCUCAACCCUUCCAGGCAUGUUGUGUUGGUGCAGGAGAUAAUGGUAGUGUCCCUGGUGGGAACUUGCAGAGACAAGGCUCUCUAACGCUGCUCAGGACGCUCAGUCAGAAAACUGUGGAUGAAGUGUGGAAAGACUUUCAGAAAGACAGUGGUGCCACCAAAGAUUGUGGCUAUGGUGGAUCAAGCUUUGGCCAAAGACAAUCUACUUUGGGGGAAAUGACACUGGAAGAGUUUUUGUUCAAAGCAGGGGUUGUAAGAGAAGAAAUGGUUCCAAAUAGUGUUGGAUUUGGCAGCAGUGUGACUCAGCUGAAUAGUAUGGGAUUUCAAGAAAUCACAGAUAAUAACAGUGCUGCCAUUCCUGGUGCAUCAUCUAAUUCAAGGCUUAGUGCAGGAGCCACCAGAUCUACCCAGCAACAACCUUUGCAGCAUCAUCAACAGCUUCAGCUUCACCAACCACUUUUUCCUAAACAGACAACCUUGACCUUUGCCUCUCCAAUGCAACUAGGAAACAAUGCUCAGCAGGCUAGCUCAGGAGCAAGGCGGCGUCCUGCUCUUGGAAUGCCAAGUCCUCCACAUAACACUAAUCCUGUUCAGGGAGAACUUAUCCAUGGCAGUGCGAAUAGCAUGGCAGGAUUACGCCAAAAUGGGGCUGCAGGAGGAGGAGGAGGAGGAUCCCCUGGAAUUCCAUUGUCUUCAGAUGUGGCUCUUAAUAGUAAUCUGGGCAUGUCAUCCCUAUCCCCUACGCCUUAUGCAUUUAACGAAGGCGGGAGAGGAAGGAGAGCAUGUAACUCUAUCGAAAAGGUGGUGGAGCGGAGGCGUAGGAGAAUGAUUAAGAACAGAGAGUCUGCUGCAAGAUCGCGAGCCAGGAAGCAGGCCUAUACCAUAGAGUUGGAAGCGGAAGUAGAAAAGCUUAAAGAAAUCAACCAAGAAUUGAUGAAAAAACAGGCUGAAUUUCUGGAGAAGCGGAAAAAUCAGAUGAGGGAGAAAAUGUUUGUGCCAUGGGAAAGUAAACCAAGAUGCUUGAAGAGGACGCUUACUGGGCCUUGGUAAUAGAGUGGAAUGGAAUGGAUGCACAAAUUUAAGAUUUGUGCAAAGUCAGUCUCUAAUUAGAUUAGGAGGUUUGAACAAUGUUCUUCAUGUAUAAAAUUGUUGUGAUCUGAAUUUCAGAUCUUCUUCUUCCCGUUAUAGCUAGCUAGCUAGCAUUGUGCAUAUAUAUCUGAGACUGCCAUUUCUGUAAAUUAUGGACAAUGAUUUUUUUAAA